UCUAGAAACGCAGAGAUUUAGAGAAAGAGAGAGACAGAGAGGUUGAAAAAGAAUGGCGACAGAUGAGGAGAUAAAGAGAGAAUUCAACCGUAGCGGCUUUGCUCUUGUGGAAGAAGAGGAGAUUCUUGAAAGAUGUGUUACUCUCUGCAUAAAUUACAGUCUGAAGCCUUCUGAACUCGUUUCAAGCUGGGAACUUUAUCAUCUCAAUCGACAAAUUAUCGAUCAAACUGUUAAGAAAGAUGAAAUGGAUGGGUUUCUACUGCAUCUUCAAAACCAACAGAGAGAAUCUAUCAUGAAAGAGGAAGCUGGUCUGCAUAUCUACUCAAACAGAGAUGUCGACAUGAUUUUGGACGGGAUUCCUGAAGACACAACAGAGGAGACUGUCACUACCCCUACAAACAAUUCUCAGCGGUUGCAUCCGGAUCCGUUUGAUUCAAUAAACAGGUCGAAAGAUUACGGUUACUCUACUGGGAAAUCGGCUGGACAUGUGACACCUUUUGCGCGGCGGAUCGACAAGUUUGUGGUGAAGUUUAACAUAGGUAAUAAUGUGGAGGCACAAGCAGAGAAUGGACACAACAAUGAUGUAGAAAGCAGUGAGGAUGAUAUGAUCAUUCAGAGAGUUCAGACAAGCCACAGGUGUUCUCUAAAAGUCAAUGGGUCAGGUCCUGAAGCGGGUUGUAGGUUCAUGUAUGACAGAACGGAGGACAGGUUUAAUGCACUCGAGAACCGGAUCAUAAGGCAUGCAGAUGCAUUUGCUGCCUCGGGGUUAUAUGAUGAACAGGUGGAUCCAGCUGUUGCUUCACAGAGAAGUAUAUUUGCUGUGGGAAUGAUUUGUUGUGAUGGAGAGGGGCAUUUGAAUGACAAGUCCAUUCUAUUGCAAAGCAGUGCCGAGCGUACUUCAGGACAGCGUGUUCCACUGGACUUAAACAGACUAAAUCAGUUCUCUAUUUUUCCUGGCCAGAUAGUUGGCAUUGAAGGACAAAAUCCUAGUGGACAUUAUUUCACCGCAUCCAAACUGGUAGAUUCAGUUCCCUUAACAGUCACUACUGACGUGGAUCUACCUCCUGCUAAGAAGCAAAACCUGGAUCAGGAGGUCUUACCUCUCGCAGAUGAAUCCCGUGAAAAAACAGACGUUUCAUUUAUAGUUGCAUCCGGACCAUUCACCACAACAGACAACUUGCUGUUUGAGCCAUUGAAUGAGCUACUAGCCUAUGCAAAAAGAAAGCCACCACAGUUACUCGUCCUGCUUGGACCGUUUGUGGAUUCUGAGCAUCCAGAGAUUAAGAAAGGAGCGGUUGAUGCCACCUUUAAUGAGAUAUUCCAUGUGGAAGUCCUCAGGAAGUUGCAAGACUAUGUGGAAUUCAUGGGUUCAGAAGUACGAGUGGUUCUCGUGCCAUCCAUCCGCGAUGCUAAUCAUGAUUUCAUAUUCCCACAGCCUCCUUUCAACAUUCACAUACCUGAUCUCGAACAUCAGAUGACCAGUCUAUCAAACCCGGGUACCUUCGAGGCAAACCAGGUGAAGGUAGGUUGCUGCACAGUGGAUGUACUAAAACAUCUGAGCGGGGAGGAGAUGUCGAAAAAUCCAAGUGGAGCCACGACUGAUCGCAUGUCCAGACUCGCUAGCCAUCUCCUUCGUCAGCGAAGCUUCUAUCCUCUGUAUCCACCACCGGAGAGCCUCCCUUAUGAUUCCACACUGGCUCCUAAGGCUCUACAGAUUUCAUCAAUCCCGGACAUUCUCUUGCUUCCAUCAGACAUGAGGUACUUCGUAAAGGUUUUAUCUCUUGGGGAAGGGGAAGAUGCAGUCAAGUGUGUGUGUGUAAACCCUGGAAGACUGGCCAAAGGAGAAGGAGCAGGUACUUUUGUUGAGCUUUCUUACAAGGGCGGUCCAGAAUCGAUGCAUGCUUCCAUCAUCUCUAUUUAAUUCAAAUUGUUAGGCUAAUUACAUUCUGAUUUAUUUUAGCUUUUAAUUACAUUCUGAUUUAUUUUAAC